AUGAUAUCAAGUAGUUUCUACGAAUAUAUCGAUAGAGAGAGUAUUGAUUCAGAUCUUAUAUGCAAAAUUUGUCGGAGCCCUUUUAUUGAUCCAAUUGUGGUUCAAUGUGGCGAUACUUAUUGCCGUCUAUGUAUUGAAAACGAUAUGGGAAAUGGUUCUCAUUGCCCGUCGCAGUCGUGUAAUCAAUUAUUGAGUAUUGGCCAUUUGACACCAAACCCUCCGCCGCGCCUUGUCGUCUCAAUGCUUGAUAAACUUAAAGUACGAUGUCAGCUCUGUAAUGAAACAAAUAUAAAUAGAGGAAUCUUUGAUGAACAUGUAAAGACAAGCUGUUCUGAAUAUCGAANCUCUACAAAAUCUAGUGAACAUGUGUAA